AUGACGGAUGUACAACAAAAUUCGCCUAUUCUUUUUGCCACCAGAUAUUCCCGGCGGAAAAGACAGUCUCCUCCAUAUAAUUACACAUUGGAACUCCUGAUCGUAGUGGAUCCGGGCGUUGUAGAUUGGUUUAAGCUACAGAGCCAAGCAGGAACACCAGAAGAAAUCAAAGAGGAAGCAUACAACAAAACUAAACUUCAUUACUAUCGCGUUUUUGACGGGAUAAAGAAAAGAUUUAUCAUAUCUCAGGAGUUAGGAAUCAACUUGGAGCUAGUGGAUAUUACUCUGGCAGAGAAUUUAAGUUUCCCCUCCCCCGUCUCUCUCACUCCCGACCCCCGGUCUUUGAUUCCUGCCCCCGCCAUCUUGGACGCUUUCAGAGACUGGAUAAACACCACCAAACUUCCAGAUCACAACCACGCUCUGCUGUUCACAGGGUACAAUUUAACUUAUGGAGGAUCUACAACUUCCAAAGGGUUAUCCUAUCCUGACUCCGUGUGUACAGAGCUGGCCAUGUCCGUUGUGGAGGAGUUUUAUGAUGAACGAUCAGCGAUAUACGCCGCCCAGGAACUCGGAAGGAGCCUUGGAUCCAGACUUGACAUGGAUGGGAAUUUCUGCCGAUCAACUAAUUUAAAUAUCAUGUCCACCAAGUUUGUUUUCAACAGCUCGAAAAUACCGAAUCUUUGGAAGUUUUCAAGAUGUUCAAAAACUUAUAUUAAAGACUUUCUUCAGAAGUUAGACAGUGAUGGAAGCAAUUGUCUGAGAUCAACGAGUGAUGAAGUCAUACCGGCAAAAGUUCUCCCAACCCCUGAUGCCGAUAAACAAUGUAAAACAGCUUUUGGAUCGGAUUCUUUUUUAUGCAGGGCCGUGAUUGGUACCGAUUAUCGUACCCUAUGUGGUGGGAUGCCCUGUUUCCUUCCCAAGUCCAUCACGUGUUCUAGCAUCCUCCCGCUGGACGGAACUCUGUGUGGAAACUAUUCAGUGUGCCAAGAAGGUGAAUGCAGAGUGUCUAGUAAUGGCCAAAACGUCCAAGACCAGUGUCCAUUUGGCGACCAGCCAGUGCUUCCCGAUAGUGUAGGGUGUUCUGAUAGGGUGUACGGGCGGCCAUUUGAUUGCUACCUGCCAUCAUUUAACGCUGCAUGUUGUCAGUCCUGUGAAGAAAUUAAAACGGACAUAAAAGAUUGUGAGUAUGGUGACAGAUUAGAAAGAUGCCAGUACCCAAAGUGCCCGACUUACAACAAGUUCACCAGGGAAAACCUCUGUUGUUUGACCUGCAAAAACGGUAAAUCGCCAUAUUCUGCUUCGACUGACGCGCCAUUAUCAACUACAUCAUCGGAUUCUGUUUUCUACAUCACAUCUGAUGAAAUGACGUCAACUGAAAAUGGUACUUCACUUAUAAGCACAACUACUCCAAAACCAACUACAACACCGGAAUCAACUUCAGUUACACAGCUCUCUACCAAGACUGAAACACAAACCACAGAGUCCACAGCCCUCACAGACUUGACUACUACAUUAAUGAUAAGCACUGCUGCAUUGACAUCUCCUACCGCGUCAUCUACGUCAUCGGCGCCACUGUCGACGAGGACUGAAUCCAAAACAACAGAAACAUGGUCAUCAACUGAGGCAGACAAGACUGAAUCCAGUGUCAGAGUGAGCUCAUCUUCUACUUUUGUAACCAAAGAAUUCACAACAACAAGUAGUAUCCAAACAGAAAGAACAAAAUCGUCCGACGAAACCUUACCGACAUCAACCCCAAGCCCGCCAAGGACACCAACAACGAAUGUCAUUCCAACAACUCCAUCCACUAGAACUACUGGAUCAGUCGCGACAGUUGGAAGCACUACCGCACGAUCAACGUUGUCAACGGCUCUGCCGAUUACCUCUAGCACCACUCAUUCUAAGAGCACUGGGUUUCCAACUUUCUCUGACGUCACAACAUCAACAAAAACGAGAACAACAGCACAGACGACAUUUAUACCGACCACUACGUCAUCACAGAUAACAACAACGCCAUCUUCUGGAAGUAGUGAGGAUAGUGAUUCCUCUGAUAGUGAUAGCAGCGAGAAAAAGAGAAAGAAAGAAUGGAAAAAGAAAUUGAAGGAAAUGGAAAAAGAGAGAAAGAAAAAUGAAAAGAGCAUGGAAGCUUUGAGGAAGAAAAAUGAAAAGAGAAUGAAAGCUUUGAUGAAGAAAUAUGAAAAGUUAAUGAUGCAACUGAAAAGAUUUUUCAGGCUUCCGAGUUUUAAACGCUUUAAAUUUUUCCAAUAG